UGGCGGCGCGGGUGCGGGCGGGGGGCGGCGGGGGCCGGGGGGCGGCGGGACGCUGACCCCGCCCCCUGCUGCUGCCAGUCUGCGCCGGGCGUCGGCAGCGGCGGAACCUGAAACAUGGCGACGGCGGCGGCACUCAGCUUCGGGCCCGAGCGGGAGGCCGAGCCGGCCAAGGAGGCGCGCGUCGUGGGUUCCGAGCUCGUGGACACGUACACGGUUUAUAUCAUACAGGUUACUGAUGGCAACCAUGAGUGGACAAUCAAGCAUCGUUACAGUGACUUUCAUGACCUACACGAAAAGCUUGUUGCAGAGAGAAAAAUUGACAAAACUCUACUUCCACCCAAAAAGAUAAUCGGAAAGAACUCCAGAAGCUUGGUAGAGAAAAGGGAGAAGGACCUGGAGGUAUACCUCCAGACUCUCCUGGGCACCUUCCCCGAUGUGGCUCCCAGAGUUUUGGCCCACUUCUUGCAUUUCCACUUCUAUGAAAUAAACGGCAUCACUGCAGCACUGGCUGAAGAACUCUUUGACAAAGGAGAACAGCUUCUGGGAGCCGGUGAGGUCUUCGCCAUCAGGCCCUUGCAGCUCUACGCUGUCACGGAGCAGCUACAGCAAGGAAAGCCUACUUGUGCCAGCGGCGAUGCCAAGACUGACCUUGGGCACAUCCUAGACUUCACCUGUCGCCUUAGGUACCUUAAGGUUUCUGGCACAGAAGGACCUUUUGGGACCAGCAACAUUCAGGAGCAGCUCCUGCCCUUUGAUCUGUCUAUAUUCAAGUCUCUUCAUCAGGUGGAGAUAAGUCAUUGUGAUGCUAAGCACAUCCGAGGGCUGGUCACCUCGAAGCCAACUUUAGCCACAAUGAGUGUCAGAUUCUCAGCAACCUCCAUGAAGGAAGUCCUUGUUCCUGAAGCCUCCGAAUUUGAUGAGUGGGAGCCAGAAGGCACAGCCCUUGAAGGCCCUGUGACUGCUGUUAUCCCUACAUGGCAAGCGUUGACCACUCUAGACCUGAGCCACAACAGCAUCUCUGAGAUCGAUGAAUCUGUGAAACUGAUCCCAAAGAUUGAAUACCUGGACCUGAGUCACAAUGGAGUACUAGUUGUGGACAACCUACAGCACCUCUACAACCUCGUGCACCUUGACCUGUCCUACAACAAGCUCACCUCCCUGGAAGGCGUGCACACGAAACUGGGCAAUGUCAAAACCCUCAACCUGGCGGGCAACUUCCUAGAGAGUCUGAGCGGCCUACACAAACUCUACUGUCUGGUUAAUCUGGACCUCAGAAAUAAUAGGAUUGAGCAGUUGGAGGAGGUCAAGAGCAUAGGCAGCCUACCAUGUCUGGAGCGUGUAGCCUUGUUGAACAACCCUCUGAGCAUCAUCCCUGACUACCGGACCAAGGUGCUCUCCCAGUUUGGAGAACGAGCCUCUGAGAUCUGUCUAGAUGAUGCAGCAACCACAGAGAAGGAACUGGACACUGUGGAAGUACUGAAAGCCAUUCAGAAAGCCAAGGAUGUCAAGUCCAAACUGAGCAACACAGAAAAGAAGGUUGUUGAGGACUCCCGACUCUCAGCUGCUCCCUGCAUCAGACCCAGCAGCUCCCCACCCACUGCAGCUCCCACCUCAGCCUCCCUGCCUCAGCCUAUUCUCUCCAACCAAGGAAUCAUGUUCGUACAGGAAGAGGCCCUGGCCAGCAGCCUCUCCUCCACUGACAGUCUACCGCCCGAGGACCGGCCCAUUGCCCAAGACUGUUCUGACUCCUUGGAAUCUAUCCCCGCAGGACAGGUGGCGUCUGAAGACUUAAGGGAUGUGCCAGGAGCUGUUGGUGGUGCAAGCCCCGAACAUGCAGAGCCAGAGGUUCAGGUGGUGCCCGGGUCAGGCCAGAUCAUCUUCCUGCCCUUCACUUGCAUUGGCUACACGGCCACCAACCAGGACUUCAUCCAGCGCCUCAGCACACUGAUCCGCCAGGCCAUUGAACGGCAACUGCCUGCCUGGAUUGAGGCUGCCAACCAGCGAGAGGAAGCCCAGGGGGAACAGGGCGAGGAGGAGGAAGAAGAGGAAGAAGAGGAGGAUGUUGCUGAAAACCGCUACUUUGAAAUGGGACCCCCAGACGUAGAAGAAGAGGAGGGCAGUGGCCAGGGAGAAGAGGAGGAUGAGGAAGAUGAGGAAGAUGAGGAGGCUGAAGAGGAGCGUCUGGCUCUGGAGUGGGCCCUAGGCGCUGACGAGGACUUUCUGCUGGAGCACAUCCGCAUCCUCAAGGUGCUGUGGUGCUUUCUGAUCCAUGUGCAGGGCAGCAUCCGCCAGUUUGCUGCCUGCCUUGUGCUCACUGACUUCGGCAUUGCUGUCUUCGAAAUCCCACACCAGGAGUCACGAGGCAGCAGCCAACACAUCCUCUCAGCCCUGCGUUUCGUCUUCUGCUUCCCUCAUGGCGACCUCACCGAGUUUGGCUUCCUCAUGCCAGAGCUGUGUCUGGUACUCAAGGUGCGGCACAGUGAGAACACACUCUUCAUCAUUUCGGAUGCUGCCAACUUGCACGAGUUCCAUGCUGACCUACGCUCCUGCUUUGCACCACAGCACAUGGCCAUGCUGUGCAGCCCCAUCCUCUAUGGCAGCCACACCAGCCUGCAGGAGUUCUUGCGCCAGCUGCUCACCUUCUACAAGGUGGAUGGUGGCUGUCAGGAGCGCAGCCAGGGGUGCUUCCCCGUCUACUUGGUCUAUAGUGACAAGCGCAUGGUCCAGACGGCUGCUGGGGACUACUCGGGCGACAUCGAGUGGGCUAGCUGCACACUCUGCUCGGCAGUGCGGCGCUCCUGCUGUGCACCCUCUGAGGCCGUCAAGUCCGCUGCCAUCCCCUACUGGCUGCUGCUCACUCCCCAGCAUCUCAAUGUCAUCAAGGCCGACUUCAACCCUAUGCCCAGUCGUGGCACCCACAACUGCCGCAACCGCAAUAGCUUCAAGCUUAGCCGGGUACCGCUCUCCACUGUGCUGCUGGACCCCACUCGCAGCUGCACCCAGCCACGGGGUGCCUUUGCCGAUGGCCAUGUGCUCGAGCUGCUGGUUGGCUACCGCUUUGUUACCGCCAUCUUUGUGCUGCCCCACGAGAAAUUCCACUUCCUGCGCAUCUACAAUCAGCUACGGGCCUCACUGCAGGACCUGAAGACUGUUGUCAUCUCCAAGACUCCUGCAGCUGGACCAGGAUCCCAAAGCCCCCUCCUGGGUGGCCAGUCUGCCAAGGGCAGGGCCAGUGAUAAGCAGCGACCACAGGAGACCCCAGCAGAAGCUCCGGCUCCAGCUCCAGCUCCAGCUGCAGUCCCAGCAGAGGCCUUGGCUCCAGUUCCAGCUCCUGCAGAGGCUCCAGCUCCAGCGGAGGCUCCAGCUCCAGCGGAGGCUCCAGCUCCUACAGAGGCUCCAGCUCCAGCGGAGGCUCCAGCUCCAGCGGAGGCUCCAGCUCCUACAGAGGCUCCAGCUCCAGCGGAGGCUCCAGCUCCUACAGAGGCUCCAGCUCCAGCGGAGGCUCCAGCUCCUACAGAGGCUCCAGCUCCAGCGGAGGCUCCAGCUCCUACAGAGGCUCCAGCUCCAGCGGAGGCUCCAGCACAAGCUGAGGCCCCUGCCCAGUACCCAAGCAAGCGCCUGAUCCAGUCCACAUCUGAGGAGAAUCAGAUCCCCUCUUACUUGCCAAUCUGCCCGUCACUCCAACACAUUGCCAGUCUUCAGGGGAGUGCCAUCGUUGAUCUCUUCCACAGCAGCAUUGCCGAGGUUGAAAACGAGGAGCUGCGGCACCUGCUGUGGUCUUCGGUGGUGUUCUACCAGAGCCCGGGGCUGGAGGUGACCGCCUGCGUGCUGCUCUCCACCAAGGCCGUGUACUUGGUGCUGCACGACAGUUUCCGGCGCUACUUCUCCGAACCACUCCAGGAUUUCUGGAACCAGAAAAACCCAGACUAUAACAACAGUCCUUUCCACAUCUCUCAGUGCUUUGUGUUCAAGCUCAGUGACCUGCAGUCUGUCAACGUCGGCCUUUUUGACCAGUACUUCCGGCUGACGGGCCCCUCCCCAUCGCAGGUGGUCACGUGCUUGACUCGGGACAGCUACCUGACACACUGCUUCCUCCAGCACCUUAUGCUCGUGCUCUCCUCACUGGAGCGCUCCCCUUCCCCUGAGCCUGUGGAUAAGGACUUCUACUCAGAAUUUGGGGACAAGAACACAGGGAAAAUGGAGAACUAUGAGCUGAUCCAUUCCAGCCGUGUCAAGUUCACCUACCCCAGUGAGGAAGAGGUUGGGGACCUGACCUUUAUCAUGGCACAGAAGAUGGCUGGUCCUGAAAAGGCUCCAGCCCUCAGCAUCCUACUGUAUAUACAGGCCUUCCAGGUGGCCCCACCACAACCUGGACGGAGCAGGGGUUCACUGCGCCCCAAGACACUCCUGCUCACCAGUGCUGAGAUCUUUCUCCUGGAUGAGGACUACAUCCACUAUCCAUUGCCUGAAUUUGCCAAAGAGCCACCACAGAGGGACAGAUACCGGCUAGAUGAUGGCCGCCGUGUCCGGGAUUUGGACCGGGUGCUUAUGGGCUACCAGCCCUACCCCCAGGCCCUUACUCUUGUGUUUGAUGACAUGCAGGGUCACGAUCUCAUGGGCAGUGUCACCCUGGACCACUUUGGGGAGAUGCCAGGUGGUCCUGGCAGGGCUGGCCAGGGCCGGGAGGUCCAGUGGCAGGUGUUUGUCCCCAGUGCUGAGAGCCGAGAAAAGCUCAUCUCACUGCUGGCACGUCAGUGGGAAACGCUUUGUGGCAGGGAGCUGCCUGUGGAGCUCACCGGCUAGUGCAAGCCAUGGCAGCCCUGGCCACCUGCCAUGUGCAGCCUAGUCUGGUGCCCGAGAGUGCAAGGAAGCAGGCCUUCUGUGUUCUUUUUAAGGUGUUCUCCCCUCCCUGGAUUCCUUACAUUGAUUGCCUACGACCCCCACACAGCUCCCACAGAGAAUGUGAACAUGUAUGUUGAGUUCCUUCUUCCUAAUGCUGGGAAGAAGUGUGCCAGCCCCACCAGAGUGUCCUUGUGAUGCCAGCUUCCCUGUGUGCCUGCCUCUGAAGUGGCAUGGCCAGGCACACAGCCUUGUUUUGUCCUUGAUUGUGAUGCUGUUGUUAACACUGGCGCUGUGAACCUGGUGACCUCCACGUCCUUUCCUGAAGUGCUGAGUCCAGUCCUUUGUUGCUGUUGUUGUCAUUGUGGGCAUUUUGCUGCUAAUUAUGAAGCUGGUAGCAGAAUACACAUUGGAAGCUCCCAUUUUGUGGGCUUUUCCAAAAUGGAGGCCUCCUUAGGUCCAGACAAGAGGAAGUCCUAUGAGGAGUUCCCAGGCCAUGGGGCCAAGAGGAGCCGGUGCAGGGGACCUAGAGCUGCCAGCACAAGCGUCACUCCUGUUGCCUAUGUUCUCUAUUCUAAUAAAGCAGAGUUUGACACAG